UGAGGUUUCUGUAACUCACCUUGCCAUCAACUCGCAGAUCUUGGGAUUUGAAUCUUUCACUAAAUUAUGCCGUCCUCUUGGCUUACACGCUCCUUGAAAGUUCUUUCCGUUCCUCUAGAUACUAACGUUAUGAUACUAACGUUAUCCAUGCAUAUUUGUUUGUUCUUGGAAGUGUCUGUCGAGCUACGUUACCCCCGAUCCUGUUGCUGCUUUGUACUCCUAGUUGUAGUCUUGUGCUGGUCAGAUUAUACCCUUGAUGCGUCAGUUAUCCAGUUCUUUACAUAAUUCAUCAAAUGGUCGCAUUUCGCGCUGUUGCUGUUACCAUUAUAUGUGCUACUUCCAAAUGACGUUUCUGUUGUUUAUCAAGCAAGAGAGCUGAUGAAGCAUAGAACUAAUACAUAGGUGAAAUAUUGCAUCUAGCGUCG